AUGGCUUCAGUUGAGUUAAGGGAACUCAAGGAUUUACUAGAAAAAUGUUUCAUACGCCCCAGUGUAUCCCUGUGGGGCGCUUUGGUACCUUUCGUGAAGAAGAAGAAUGGGUCUAUGCAAUUGUGUAUUGACUAUAGGGAGUUAAAUAAGAGUAUCAUAGAGCAUGUGGAGCAUUUGAGGAUUGACCUUGAGACACUAAGAGAAAAGAAGUUACAAGAGAUCACCUAUUUGGGACACGUGGUGUCAGCAAAAGAAAUUUCAAGUGAUCUGGCAAAGGUUGAGGUAGUGGUAAAAUGGCCCAAGCCUAAUAAUGUUAAUGAGAAUUACCUGACCCAUGAUCUGGAACUUGCAACAGUGAUAUUUGCUUUGAAAAUAUGGAGUCAUUAUCUUUAUGGUGAGAGGUGCGAGAUUUAUACAGACUAUAAGAGCUUGAAAUACUUCUUCACACAGAAAGAGUUGAAUAUGAGACAAUGUAGGUGGUUGGAACUUUUGAAGGACUAUGAUUGCAGUAUUAACUACCAUCCUGGCAAAGCAAAUUAG